AUGGUACAAAAUAAUUGCAACAAAGUUGUUUCAGUUGGUGUAUUGACAAACGGUGGAGGUGGAACCGAUCAAACUUUUGAUUUAACACCUUCAGCAAGUAACAGUUUCAGCAAACCUGAUCAAUGGGGAGGUCGUGUUUGGGGACGUUAUCAAUGUUCAGGAGAUUCAGGUAAAGAUCCCAAUUCGUGUGGGACACCUGGUGCAACCAACCCUGCCAGUUUGGCAGAGUUUUUCUUCAAAGGAACAGGCGGACAAGAUUAUUACGAUAUCAGUCUGGUAGACGGAUAUAACUUGCCCUUAUCCAUAGAACCCAGUGGCGGUGGCCCCUCUAAUGGCUAUUCUUGCGGCGCACCUAAAUGUGAUAUUGGAGCCUGCGCUGAUCAAUUUGCAGUUAAAGAUGCUACCGGAAAUGUUGUUUCGUGUAUGAGCGACUGUUCCAAAACAGGUUCUUCUGCGGAUUGCUGCACAGGCGAAAAUGCUGAACGUGGUAAAUGCCAAGCUGGACAGCAAGCCCAGACUACGAAACAAAAAUGCCCUGAUGCUUAUAGUUACGCGCAUGACGAUCAAUCAUCCACCUUCGAAUGUGCAGCUACUGGAUAUACUGUGAAAUUUUGUUAA